AUGAACUGUCGCAGGACAUUCAGGUCCGUCCUUCCAGUUCUUUUCCUGGCCGCUGUGGAAUCCGUCAAAUUGCCGUCACACUGGGCCAGGUGCAAGAAGGGCGCAUUGCAGAACGACUGCUUGAAACGUUCUAUACAAAAUGCAAUGAGAGAUUUGGAAAAAGGUAAUAGAACUUUGGGUGUUCAACCUUUGGACCCUUGGAAGAUCAAGUUGUUUAUGUACGACCAUGGUUCUGGUCCUGUCGCCUUGAAACUUACCGCCCGAGAUACUUCAAUCCUGGGCUUCAAAAACGUCAAAGUCGAUCACGUCAGAACCGACUGGGAAAAAAUGGAAUUGCAAAUCAACUCGUCUAAGCUGACGAUUUUCGGCAAAUAUGUCAUGAACGGCAGUCUGAUUUUCCUGCCCGUUGAAGGAAAAGGAAACUUCAGGUUCACUCUUGACGAUUUUACUACAAAAAUGAACUUCAUAUUUGAAAAGUUCAAUAAAAAAGGAAAGGAGUUUGUCAAGGUUAAAGAAGCAACGUUUCUUCCCGAGGCUUCAAAAAUUCGAAUCCGUUUUGACAACCUUUUCAACGGAAAUAAGGUUUUAGGAGACAGAAUGAACGAUGUGUUAAACUACAACUGGCGGUUGAUUCUCGACACGGUACAACCGAUCACGUUGCACUCAUUGGGCGAACCUGCAAAAAUCGUCGCAAAUGCCUUAUUUUCGAGAGUUCCUGCGAAAGAUUUUAUUCUCGAAUGA